GGGUGCUUCGUUCCCACCCAACCAGCGGAGAAGAAAAGAGCAGGUGAGAGGAUGUUCGGAUGCUGCUUGCGUUACUAAACCGAUGAUAUUCAGCAAACAGAUACCUCAUGCACGGCGAAACGGGAGGUUACUGGCGACAGGUAGCGAGAGCACGUCGUGACAGUUGGGUUUAUGCACGGUGGUCACUUUCCGGACUGUUUUAUUCUUCAUAGACAGCAGGCGUCGAGAGAGGGCAGUAAGUCAGUGUUGGAGGUCUGUCCUGACUGAAGAGGAGACCCACUACACACACAAUCACAUCAUCAGCUUUUAAAUACACACACAUUCAUCAUAAUGGGAGGUGUAUGAUGACUGAAGCUGCAGGGCUAUGGCCAGCGAACCCCUCGAAGGCUUCCAUGAGGUCAACUUGGCGUCACCCACCACCCCUGACCUCCACGGAUUGACCUCCGACACCAGACCCCAAUGUCACAGCGCCCCUUCCAGCGCCCUGUACCGUACACCCUCCCUCAGCUCCAGCCCCUGCCCCCCCAACGCCCUGCGAGCCGACCAGCUGCCCACCCAGCCCAUCUACUCUGCCCCUAGGCUACUGGGCAGCACAGAACCCCACAAUGGAAGCGUUCCGGGGUUGGAACCCCCCGUCCGGUCAGAGGCGGAGUCAGCAGAGGGGGUAUUCCUGGCUGGAGAAGAAGGGGAGGAGUCUCUGAGUCUGACCAAUGACAGCCUGUCCCGCCUCCGCAGCCCCUCAGUCAUGGAGAUCAGAGAGAAAGCCAAUGAGAGACUGAAGGAGGAGCUAGCCAAGGCACAGAGGGAUGUUAAGUUGAAAGACGAGGAGUGUGAAAGGCUUUCUAAAGUCAGGGACCAACUGGGCCAGGAAUUGGAGGAGCUCACUGCUAGCCUGUUUGAGGAAGCUCACAAGAUGGUGCGUGAGGCCAACAUCAAACAGUCGAUGGCUGAGAAGCAGCUGAAGGAAGCUCUGAACAAGAUCGAUGUGCUCCAGGCGGAGGUGUCUGCCCUGAAGACCUUGGUCCUGUCCACGUCCCCCACCUCCCCCUGUCACGACCUUCCUGGGGGCUCCAAGGCUCCCUUCAAGAAGGGUCACGGCCGCAACAAGAGUACCAGCAGCGCCAUGCUGGGCAGCGGGCAGGAACUGAGCGGCACACAGCCCAUCGUACGAGACUGCAGAGAGCUGGACAGUCUCCUGUUUAGUGAGUUUAAGUUGUGGAAGGAGGAGCCCAGUCUGGAGAGGAACAGCUCCUUCCUGGAGAGAGUCUACAGAGAGGACAUCUACCCCUGUCUCACCUUCUCCAAGAGUGAGCUGGGGUCGGCCAUCUUGGAGGCAGUGGAGAGGAACACGCUCAGUGUGGAGCCGGUGGGCUUCCAGACGCUGCCUGUCGUCAAGGCCUCUGCUGUGGAGUGUGGAGGACCAAAAAAGUGUGCCCUUAGUGGCCAGACCAAAACCUGCAAGCACAGAAUCAAGUUUGGUGAUUCCAGCAACUAUUACUACGUGUCUCCUUUCUGUCGUUAUCGGAUCACGUCAGUUUGUAACUUCUUCACCUACAUCCGCUACAUCCACCAAGGGCUGGUCAAGCUGCAGGACGCAGAACAGAUGUUCUGGGAAGUGAUGCAGUUGAGGAAAGAGAUGAGUUUUGCUAAGCUGGGCUACUACAAGGAGGAACUGUGACCAACCAAUCACGAUACAGAACAGAGGGAUGCGUGUCUGAAUCUCAACCUAUCAUCAGAUGCACUCCCGUGAUGGACAGGAUAGCUCUCCAUUGAUCCUACCCUCCUGGCUCUCAGGAGGAAGAAGGACCGCCCCCAACGCUCCUCAUCGCCACCCCCUUCCAAUCUCUCAUCCAAUCACGUGUCAUUUCAGGAGAGUCCUCCCAUCCUCUGUCUUCAAUACCUACAAGUAUAUGAAUUAAAAUGCAUGCCCCUUACAUCCUGGUCUACCAAUAACAGUGAGUAGUUAUUCAGGAAGGGGAUUGGUAGUUCAGACUGACUGGUCUACCAAUAACAGUGAGUAGUUAUUCAGGAAGGGGAUUGGUAGUUCAGACUGACUGGUCUACCAAUAACAGUGAGUAGUUAUUCAGGAAGGGGAUUGGUAGUUCAGACUGACUGGUCUACCAAUAACAGUGAGUAGUUAUUCAGGAAGGGGAUUGGUAGUUCAGACUGACUGGUCUACCAAUAACAGUGAGUAGUUAUUCAGGAAGGGGAUUGGUAGUUCAGUCUGACUGGUCUACCAAUAACAGUGAGUAGUUAUUCAGGAAGGGGAUUGGUAGUUCAGACUGACUGGUCUACCAAUAACAGUGAGUAGUUAUUCAGGAAGGGGAUUGGUAGUUCAGACUGACUGGUCUACCAAUAACAGUGAGUAGUUAUUCAGGGUGUAAGGGGAUUGGUAGUUCAGACUGACUGGUCUACCAAUAACAGUGAGUAGUUAUUCAAGGUGUAAGGGGAUUGGUAGUUCAGACUGACUGGUCUACCAAUAACAGUGAGUAGUUAUUCAGGGUGUAAGGGGAUUGGUAGUUCAGACUGACUGGUCUACCAAUAACAGUGACUAGUUAUUCAGGAAGGGGAUUGGUAGUUCAGACUGACUGGUCAACCAAUAACAGUGAGUAGUUAUUCAGGGUGUAAGGGGAUUGGUAGUUCAGACUGACUGGUCUACCAAUAACAGUGACUAGUUAUUCAGGAAGGGGAUUGGUAGUUCAGACUGACUGGUCUACCAAUAACAGUGACUAGUUAUUCAGGAAGGGGAUUGGUAGUUCAGACUGACUGGUCUACCAAUAACAGUGAGUAGUUAUUCAAGGUGUAAGGGGAUUGGUAGUUCAGACUGACUGGUCUACCAAUAACAGUGAGUAGUUAUUCAGGAAGGGGAUUGGUAGUUCAGUCUGACUGGUCUACCAAUAACAGUGAGUAGUUAUUCAGGAAGGGGAUUGGUAGUUCAGACUGACUGGUCAACCAAUAACAGUGAGUAGUUAUUCAGGGUGUAAGGGGAUUGGUAGUUCAGACUGACUGGUCUACCAAUAACAGUGAGUAGUUAUUCAGGAAGGGGAUUGGUAGUUCAGACUGACUGGUCUACCAAUAACAGUGAGUAGUUAUUCAGGAAGGGGAUUGGUAGUUCAGUCUGACUGGUCUACCAAUAACAGUGAGUAGUUAUUCAGGAAGGGGAUUGGUAGUUCAGACUGACUGGUCUACCAAUAACAGUGAGUAGUUAUUCAGGAAGGGGAUUGGUAGUUCAGACUGACUGGUCUACCAAUAACAGUGAGUAGUUAUUCAGGAAGGGGAUUGGUAGUUCAGACUGACUGGUCUACCAAUAACAGUGAGUAGUUAUUCAGGAAGGGGAUUGGUAGUUCAGACUGACUGGUCUACCAAUAACAGUGAGUAGUUAUUCAGGAAGGGGAUUGGUAGUUCAGACUGACUGGUCUACCAAUAACAGUGACUAGUUAUUCAGGAAGGGGAUUGGUAGUUCAGACUGACUGGUCUACCAAUAACAGUGACUAGUUAUUCAGGAAGGGGAUUGGUAGUUCAGACUGACUGGUCUACCAAUAACAGUGAGUAGUUAUUCAGGAAGGGGAUUGGUAGUUCAGACUGACUGGUCUACCAAUAACAGUGAGUAGUUAUUCAGGAAGGGGAUUGGUAGUUCAGACUGACUGGUCUACCAAUAACAGUGAGUAGUUAUUCAGGAAGGGGAUUGGUAGUUCAGACUGACUGGUCUACCAAUAACAGUGAGUAGUUAUUCAGGAAGGGGAUUGGUAGUUCAGACUGACUGGUCUACCAGUAACAGUGAGUAGUUAUUCAGGAAGGGGAUUGGUAGUUCAGACUGACUGGUCUACCAAUAACAGUGAGUAGUUAUUCAGGAUGUAAGGGGAUUGGUAGUUCAGACUGACUGGUCUACCAAUAACAGUGAGUAGUUAUUCAGGAAGGGGAUUGGUAGUUCAGACUGACUGGUCUACCAAUAACAGUGAGUAGUUAUUCAGGGUGUAAGGGGAUUGGUCGUUCAGUCAGUCUGUCUGGAACAUGAUCAUUGCUUGUCAUUCUGAUUGGUCUGCUAGAAUGCAUAUUGGAACAGAGAGGAAGUGCUCUAAACCCAACGGCUGCUUCCCAAAUGGCACCCUGUUCACUGUAGUGCAUGACUUGUGGCCCCUAUGAGCACUGGUCAAAAGUGGUGCGCUAAAUAUGGAAUAGGGUGCCAUUUGGGACACCGGACAAGUGUAAAUCGAGGCGCUCCGUCCAUCCAGCCAUCUGUGGUUAUUCUAUCCAUCUAUCUCCAGUCCGUAUUUAAAACCAGAGGACAGUAACUAUGGUGACGACCACACUGCUGUAUGUAACUUGACUCCGUUAUUAUGUGUAAGAAAUGCUGAAUGAGCUCUUCUGUCCACACUACAAGGCUGAGUCACAAAUGGCACCCUAUGCCCUAUAUAGUUAACUACUGUAGUGGUGCAGUAUGCACAGCAGGGGUUCCCAAACGUGUUUUAUUAUUUUUUUUUAUUGAGAUUGCCUUUGUUAAAUACAGCACCAGCUUCAUUUUGUUUCAUUUGAGGGACCUAGGAAAAUGUCUCAUGACUUAUUUUAGGAAGGCAAUUUAUUUAGUUUAUUUUGUGUUUUUUUAUUUAACCUUUUAUUUAACUUGGCAAGUCAGUUAAGAACUACUUCUUAUUUACAGUGACGGCCUACCAAGGCCAAACCCCCUAACCCUGACGACGCGGGGCCAGUUGUGCUCCACCCUAUGGGACUCCCAAUCACGUCUGGUUGUGAUACAGCCUGGUUUCGAACCAUGGUCUGUAGUGACUCCUCUAGCACUGAGAUGCAGCUGCGCCACUCAGGAGCCCCCAUGAUGAUGAUGAUGAUGAUGAAGAUGAUAAUAACAAUAGAAAUAAAUAGUCUAGACCUGAUUUCCCCAAAUGUUUUCCGCUACCAAAUGUUUUAUUACGAUAAUUUAUAUGAACCUUCAAUUUAAUUACACAUAUUCUAUUUUACAGGAAGUGAUUUGAUCAAUUGAUAGCGACGGACACAUUGUAUAAGAUUACUCCGCAAGCGAAGUCCAAUUUCUUUUGACUCCUCGACUUCAGAAGGUCGUAAGCUCAGCUUCUCAACGUCAUAGAGACAAAGCAAAUUCCCCAUGUGCAUCAGAGUCGCGUCUUCCUCUUAUUCAUUUUACUACUUGUUUUUAGCCUAAUGCAUUGCGGAGUGACGCUUCGUUUUAGAUCGGGAGGUCCCGUGCCCUCCCGUGACACUUCGUUUUAGAUCGGGAGGUCCCGUGCCCUCCCGUGACACUUCGUUUUAGAUCGGGAGGUCCCGUGCCCUCCCGUGACACUUCGUUUUAGAUCGGGAGGUCCCGUGCCCUCCCGUGACACUUCGACGCCCCGUAUGUGUAGGUGCCAUUUGGGAGCAGAACAUGAGGAGGAGGAUUCUGUUGGGUUCUGUCCAAUACAAGGGACUUUAGAAGAAUCUGGACAAAUGUUUUGAAGGUUUUAGAAAACACAUCGAUGAUGAUGAUGAUGAACAUUCUCUCUGGCUUUUUAGUUCUUUGCCAACCCUUUAGUUAGAAUUAUGUAGCUGUGUCGUCACGUGUGGUGUGUGUGUGUGUACGUGUGGUGUGUGUGUGGUCUGUGAACGUUCCAAUCUAUAUACCCUUUCCUGGUUUUCCAUCCUUCCAUCUCUCCAUGUCCUCUGUCAACAUUCCAACUCCAAGCUUUCCUCAAUUUAUUUUAGUGCCUUUCUGGAACACACUGAAUAAAAAAUGGUAUACCUCUGGAACCAACGUG